UCGGAUUUUGUUCGAUUUGUAGAUUUUUGUGAUCUCUCUUGCUUGAUAUAGAUUUUUAACAUUCUGUGGUUAUUAUUUUGAUUUGGCGCUUGAAAAUAUUCAAAAUGUAGUUACUUAUUUAUUAUAAGAUUAAACUAAGUUGAUAUUUUGAUAAAGAGCUUAGAGUUAAAGAAAGGAUGUCAAGAAUAUGGGAUGUGAAGGCAUGUCGGAGCUGCCUCACAGUAAAGGGCAAGCUGGAGAAAAUAGGAGAGGCUUCCAAGAGGCAAUACACUGCCAUCACAGGUCUUCAGAUUGCAGAGGGUGAUGGCUACCCUGUUUACUUCUGCAUGGAGUGCCGGCAUAACAUCAGGAAGAGUCUGGCCUUUAGGAGAAAGAGUCGCCGCGCGCACUUUGUUCUCAAGGAGAUCCUGAAUGUUAGAAAACAGGUGUCCUAUAGUGACAUAGUGACAGUGAACCGAAAGAAAACUAACUUGGAAUCAUCUCUGAAUUUCUGGGAGCCGCACCACAAUGCUUGCUACAUAUUAGCCAAUAACGAAGGCGAUGAAGAUGACUCCCUACAGAAAUAUAACUUGGAUCCAGCUCAAUAUACAAGAUGUCAUAGUAAAAAUAUUAUCGACAUCAAACCUGAAGUAGAUACUGAAAUACCAGAAGAAGCUAACUCUCCAGAAGAUGAUACAACCAACAAUGAUGUUGAAGAUAUUCCAACCAAUGAUUACCUCGAGCCAGAUAUUGACACAAGCAAUAUUGACAUGAAUGACAUCUUUAAAGAUCUUCAGACUGAACCGGAUGACCCAAGUGAUGACAAUGACGACUUCGUACCACCGCCAGUACCGGAACCAAAAAAAGAAGUUGACGAACUAAAGCUGGCCAGAGAAUUCGCAGAUAACACUAUUGCUAAAACAAUGCUGAUAUUUGAUUUGAAAGUCUUGAAUUUAGCAGAACAGAAAGAGAAGAUGGAGUUGAGGAAGUCCCUGCCGCCAUUUUGUCGAGCGCCGUAUAAGUGCUCUAUGUGUAUGACCAUACAUAAGACAAUGAAUGACUUGGUUAAACAUGUAGGGUACCAUAACAAAAGAAAAUUCGCGCACAGUUGUCAGGUGUGCAAAAACAACUUUCCCACGGCGGAAGAGCUCAACGCGCACGUGGCCAAUAACCAUAUGUACGAAUAUACUUGUAAGAUCUGUCGCGCCAAGGUCUACACCCAAAAAGACGCAGUGAUCCACAAUAAAUCCAAGCACCCAAAAGAAAGUCUGGAGCUAGUACAAGCGAUGAUCCGUAGGCGGGAACUGAAGCAAACUCUGUCCAUCUUCACCAUAACUCCGAUGUCGCAGCAGAUGAUGAAAGACGUUAUGUUGCUACGUUCGAGGCCAGAAAAUCAUCGUAAAAGACUGGAGGCGGGACAAACGAAGCCGGGCGAAAAGAGCGACUUCACCUGCGACAUUUGCGGCACCGGGUUCAAGUACCGGAAGAGUCUGUCCAAGCACAUGGUGUUACGACAUCGGUACUUGUACACUUGCAAGCUUUGCAAGGAGGUGUGCACUACGCGAGGAGAAGCCAUACAGCAUAACGAUGAGGUGCACCCGCGGAAACACCCGUGCGAGACUUGUGGGAAGACAUUCAAGAACUCAACUAAGCUACAAACGCACAUUACGGCCGAGCACACGAAGUGCGUCCCCUGCAACCUGUGCGGACUCGCGGUCAAAUCGCCGAAGUCCUUUUAUAACCACCAGCUGAGAGAGCAUGGAUAUAUCAGUAUAAACGACCCACUGCUAGGCGAUCCAAAUCACAAGUGCAGCGAAUGCAGCGUGCAAUUUGUAGACCGACGCAGCCUGGACCGCCACCUCGUCAAUAUGAACCACAAGGGGGUGGAUAUGGUCCCGUUUGCGUGCAUACCCUGCAAGAAGUUGUUCGAAACCGAAGAAGAUCUAGAAACGCACUUUGUCGUGUGUGUGUACGCGAGGAAAUAUCCACGCAAGUGCUGCUACUGUUCGGAAAUGCUGCACAACGCGACGCAGUACAAGAUGCACUAUCUGCAUUCGCAUCCGACGCUGCAGUACCGGUACCUCACUCAGAACAGCAUCUGCGACAUUUGCGGCAAGUCUAUCUUCAAGCCGUUCCUGGAAGCGCACAUCCGCACACACGAGGCCGCCACCAUCCAGUGCCGGCUGUGCGCGUCCACGCACGCCCAGCCCGCGCAGCACGUGGCACACGUUCUGGCACAGCACGCGCGCCGCCCCUGGUGCUGCGCGCUGUGUGCGCGCCGGUUCAAGUUCCGCAGCGACUGCAAGGACCACAUACUCAAGGUCCACGAACCAACCAAACUCUUCAAAUGCGAAUUCUGUGGCCUCGAAUUCUCCUACUGGAAGAACUUGAAAGAGCAUUCCGAGACCAUCCACGACUUAGUCAUCCCCCCUAUCAAGACCAAGGUGGCCAAACAUAAAGACAAAAUGCUUGUCUACGCACACAUGAAAAUAAUAAUGAACGAACUAGAGAGAGAAAUCGUCCAGCAAUUAAAUGUAGAACUAAUGGACUACCUAGAACAGAAAUCUAAACCAGUAGAAUACGAGAACUACUUCAUAUUCAGUCCUGACGCAGAAGAAAUUGCCACUUACAAGACUAAGAAGAAGUCGAAGAAGAAAUCUAAAAAGAGCGAGAUAGAAACAGCAGUCGCUCAAAUCAGUGAGCCUGAGACUAGCUUGAAAAUUGAGAAAAUUGAAGUAAUAAAACCGGGCUAUGUAGAUACGGAAAUUGAAGAGGUGACCCCUAAAGAGGAGGAGAUAGUGGAAAUGGAAGUAGACAGUGGUGAGGGUGGUACACCGCUGGAGGUUAUUGAGAACGAUGGCCACCAGUUCGUGAUGAUCAACGGGGAGAUGUAUAGGAUAGCUUGUGAGGACGAAGAUUGAAAUUAUGACUAAUUGAAAGUUAGUUGUUUUACUGAUAUCUUAGUUCGGUGACCAAUAGUUUAUUUUUUAUUGGCUUUUGCCGGGCAAACUUCGAAUUUUGCGGAAUGGUCCAUACAAACUUCCCAUUUUAGGAAGUAGGGGGGGGGGGGGGUAGAAAUAGGGAAAAACGAGCCUAUGUCACUCUAUCCUUUUGACCUUUGACUAAAAAAAAUCAGGUCAAUUCGUCGCUCCAUUUUGCUCUGAACGACGGACUACAGUAUGGGGUCCUUCAAAAAA